AUGGCGGGGCUUGGUGCGAAUCCAGGAGGACCCAACGGUGCAGGCUCCAUGAUGCCAAUGUUGCCUCUGGAUUUUGGCGCCCCCGGUCCGGCUGGCGGACCACCAGAAGAUGAUGGAGUGGUCGAUGAGCCAAAAGUGGAACUAGAUGACAAAGAGCUCUGGCAGGAGUUCUCCCAGUGUGGAACGGAGAUGGUGAUAACUAAAAGCGGAAGAAGAAUAUUCCCCGCCUAUCGCGUGCGAUUAAGUGGUCUCGACAAGAAAAGUAAAUACAUUCUUCUUAUGGAUCUGGUACCCGCCGACGAAUGCCGAUACAAAUUCAAUAAUAGCAGAUGGAUGGUUGCUGGCAAAGCAGAUCCAGAAAUGCCGAAACGAAUGUACAUACAUCCAGAUUCUCCAGCAACAGGCGAACACUGGAUGGCGAAGGGAGCAAAUUUCCACAAAUUAAAAUUAACGAAUAACAUUUCGGAUAAACAUGGCUAUACAAUCCUCAAUUCCAUGCACAAAUAUCAACCAAGGCUUCAUGUGGUUCGCUGUUCCGACAUUCGAAAUCUUCCAUAUUGUACAUUCAAAACCUUCGUGUUUCGGGAAACGGAGUUUAUCGCUGUGACCGCCUAUCAAAACGAGAAGGUCACGCAACUCAAAAUCGAUCACAACCCUUUCGCCAAGGGUUUUCGCGACGCAGGUGCCGGUAAGCGCGAGAAAAAACGUCAGCUUCAUCGUGCUAAUGGAUGUGCGCCAAACGGAACGGACACGGAAAGCCCAUCGGACAAGUCCUCAUCUCUUCCAACGCAUUCCCCUUAUCCCUCUGAAUCCGCAUCCGAGGAUGAUGAACCGCAUCCGAAACGGAUGAAAACGUGUGAUGAGAAGCCGGCAAGUACUACGCCUGUGGGGCCAUUUGGUCCGUUUCGGUCUCCGCCGUUUUGUCUACCUAAUAUGGAUUUAAUGCUUCCCAACAUGGACCUUCUCAGCCAAUGGCAAUUGGCUUUGUUUCAAAACCAACUACUCACCUCUCCUUCUUCCAUGACUAAAAUUAAAUCCGAUUCCGAAUCAACGCCGGCCAAGAAAAGUUUUGAUGUGCGAGAUCUGUUGGCGAAGCCAUAG